CACAGACUCACAAGAAAGCUUUUGCUUGGAAACCGCAAUAUGGCAAUCAAACUCUUGAAGGCCUUUAUGGUAUUGAUAGCAGCAACAAUUAUGAUGAUUGGCUUAUUGGGUGGGAAAGCUGAGAGUGUUGUGCUAUGCAACACAGACUCCACGAAGCUCAACUUGUGCCGUGCUGCAGUCACCGGAAGCAACCCGCCACCGCCAACACAGGCAUGCUGCGCGGUGGUCCGACAUGUGAACAUGCCGUGCCUCUGCAAAUACAAGUCCGUGCUGCCUUCACUUGGGAUUGAUCCAAAGAAUGCUUUGGCCUUGCCCGCUAAGUGUGGCCUUAGGUCGCCUCAGUGCCCAGGGAAGUGAAGCCAUAAUUAUAUUGUUGAAGGUUGAAGAUCACGUUCAUUACGAACGUCUUUUUAUGAUCUCUUGUGCUUUAUUCUCAGCACACUGGAAAGCUAUUAGGACGAAAGAAUCAGCUAUUAAUCAAUUAAAUAAAAAUUUAUCUUAAAACAACUUCCCUCUCACAUAGGUUAUAUGAUGUAGUUACGUUCAAGCUCGUGUUGUGUAAGGUUCAGAGUUAUAUGAUGUAAUUCAUCUAGAUAUGUCCACACGACGAACAGAUUUUGUCGUGUGAUUUGUGUUCGAAUCAAAUAAGGAAUAAAUUGGUCAUUGUUACAAAUA